AAAACCCAACCGCUUCGCAAAGUUUGACACCUCAUAACAGCCCUAACUUGCUCAGCUGAAAUAGACACUUCACAAAAUGAGGUCAACCGUCAUCGCCUUAUGCUUUGCAUCGGCCGCAGCUAAUCCUCUUGGCCUCAUUUCGCCUACGGCGGAUACUCUCGUUCCCCUUCCAUCUCCUGUCAUCCCGAGUUACGCGGUUCUCAACCGUUAUUGUGAGGAUGCCGGUUCCGAUGCUGUAAGUUUGUCGACUAUUCUUCGUGUCUCGUUCGCAUCUUUCUAUAGCAUUGGCGGCUAUACCUUACCAGUAGCUCCUUUGAUAUUACAUAUGAUAUUGCUCUAGAUGGCUGAACUCAAGUUGCAUCUACUAAUACUCUUUUAGUAUGUCGGAGUCCAAUACGCUAAUGGUGUGAUAACCUCCUACAAUUUCGGCGAAUGUUAUCCUUACACCGUGAACGGCAGUGCCGCAUUGGCCGCCGUCUUUUGCAAAAGUGUAACUUGCAAAAACUGCGCGUAUGUCUCAACUCUAUCUCUAAUGGCUACUACUUUGACAUGCUGACAUGUGGUGAGCAGGGGUGAUAAUUGCACCGAUCCAAAUCUUACGCUCACGGUCCCCAGAAGUUCGGUUUUGGUCAAUCCAUGGGGACUCCUGACAACGGUACUAGGAAAAGGAGCAAUAUGUCAAAAACCGUCGCUGUCCUUACCGGUCAGAUCCUCUGAUGGACCUGGACUUUCCCUUGGGGACAAUUGAGGACAUAUGAAACAGAAAGACUGUUGGACGAUGAUAGUGGUAGCUGGUAUGGAGAACAAAUAUUUCCAAGUCAGCCGAGGAAAAAUUUACAGAGUUUAGGGAAUUCUAGUAUCUUCAUUGGUUUUAGAGUUCCAUGUUUGCACAAGUCCUGCACAU